GACUGAUUUUGCCUUGGACCCUCCUUGGGCUUGGUGAACCUCAUAUGUUGCCAGGACAGGAAUUGACCAUUGGAGCCAAUUUUGGAAGCUUAGGCGGUCUUUUGCCUGGCUGAAUUCACGGGUGAAAGUGCUCUUAAUAAUGGGCCUUUUGAGGUUUUCUUGAUAUUACAAUUUUUCUUUCAACUCAAAAGAUGAUUGUUUGGGGAGGAAGGAACACGGAAAAGACGAUGACGAGGAAGAGGGUGAUGAUAUAUACUUUUUAGGAGUACAAACGAAUAAUUAAUGAGUGGUUUCUAGAGAUACAGCUUGGAAAUUCCAACUCCACCGAAUAGAUUCGUCCCAUGAUCUCCAAGCAAACGCGUUAUAAAUCUAAAAAGAAUCAAGUGGAGUCAAGUCAAGUCAACAGGUCUACCCUUCAGUUGGGCGCAGCUGCCAUGCAUCUUCCCAAUUUGAUUAAACAAAUGUUUAUAGAUUUGGAAACUGUUACAGAAUUCUCAGAGAAGCUGAAACUCACGAGCUAAACUUAUGCUUGAGUACGAAAUCUGCAGCAUACAGGGAAGGAGAUAUCAACAAAUUACUGUUUACUUUGGGGCAAUCCGAGUCCAGUUCUAAGGGGCCUGUGUGCUAAACAGAGAAAUUUCAAGUGUAAACAAUGGCAUCCAAAGCCUUGUUCUCAAUCAUUCCACGUGUAAAGCGAAAGGAGGAAAAGGAGGAAAGAAAGAGAUCAUUCUUGAAGAAUGGAAGCAUGUUACUAGAGGAUCUAAUUGCUUCUUGUGAUGGAAAAUCUCAUCCUAUUCGUUGUUACUCUGCUGCUGAGAUCAUCAGAGCUGCUAACAACUAUCCUUGUUGCAUUAUAGAUAGAUCACCCUUCGCAGACUUGUACAGGGGUAUUCUAGAUGACCGAACAGUUAUCAUUAAGAAGUACAGAGAUUGGGUCGACACUGACAGGGCUAUUCGUGAUAUUAUCAUAUCAAUGCAGAUGAGCACCCAUAAGAAUUCAUUGAAAUUAUUAGGCUGCUGCUUAGAGUUCGAGAUGCCAGCUUUGGUGUUUGAAAAUGCAGGAAAAGGAGGUCUCAACUUUGAUGGAAGUUUAGUAGCGGAUAAUGAAUUAUUACCAUGGAAAACUAGACUGCGUAUUGCAAAGCAGCUUGCUAGUGCACUCACAUACCUACAUACUGCCUUUCCAAGGCCCAUCAUUCAUAGGCGUAUAACAUCCCACUGCAUUUUAUUGGACGAUGACUGUGUUCCCAAACUCUUCGACUUUUCAUUGUCCCUAACCAUUCCUCCUGACCAAUUGUAUGUUCAAGAAGAUUUCGCAACAGGGAGAAUGGGGUACCUGGACCCUACUUACGUAAAGUCUUGUCAAAUUUCCGAAAAAACUGAUGUUUAUUGCUUUGGUGUGAUUUUACUUAUAUUCUUGAUGCGACGACAAGCUGCAUAUUGGAAUGAUGCAGGAAAUGCGUGGGAAUACCUUACUAGAGAUCCAAAACUUAAUUUUUCUGAUGGACAGAUUCAAAUAGAGACAAUUGCGGACCCUAAAAUCCUUGAGGAAGUCGGGGGAGAUGAGCAAGCACAACAGCAACUGCAGGAUUUCCUAGCACUGGCAUUGUUGUGCAUACAAGAGAAAACUGAAGCAAGGCCAGAUAUGAUUGAUGUGGCCAAAGAACUUGUACGAAUUGACAAGUCUAUCUUGCCUUAGUUCAGUCUUUCACCUGUUAAAAGGAGUCGAUGCUAAGCUCUCUGUAUUAGAAGAACAAUUAUCCUUAUGUAAUCAAAUUAUCUGAUUAUAAAUACUUAAUUAUGUGGAUUUCAACCAGCAA